AUAUAUACAUACACCUACAACUCCUCGAUCUCCUAUAGCUCUGCAAGAAAUGGGCUUGGGGGAAAUGAUGAAGACGGCUGCAUCAAAAGCUUUGGUGAUCAAGAUCAAUCUCAUAUUCCUCGCUUUCUUUCUCAUAAUCUACGUCGGCCUUCUUCUUCAACCUCCGUCUGUAUUUGAUCCGAAUGUCACUCCUACUGCCCAGUGCUCAUUGCAUGCUUGUCUUAUGAUGAAGAAGGUAAGCAAAAACAACCUGCAGGUUGAAGCCAAAGUGGUGGGGGAAACAGCACUCGGUCAAGUUCAGAAAAAGAGAAGUACUACAAAAGAAGAAAUCCCAAAAAUCCUCAAACCACUACAAGGACAUACAAAGAUCGCGCUAAUAAACUUCGCACACAAUUCAACGGUCGACUGGGAUUCAAUGGGGCAAACCACAGUCGUAGAGUUCAACAAAGUAUCCCCUUACUUCAAAUGGAAACACCUUUUCCCCGAAUGGAUCGAUGAAGAAGGAGAGAAAGAGGGGACCUCCUGCCCCGAGAUCCCAAUGCCGGACUUCUCAGCCUAUGAGGAGGCGGACGUGGUCGCGGCAAGGGUCCCAUGCAGGAAGCCAGAGGAGGGGUGGGCUCGCGACGUGUUUAGAUUGCAGGUGCACUUGAUUGCGAUGAACAUGGCGGCGAGAAGAGGGAGGAGGGAUGGGAAUGGGAGGGUUAGGGUGUUGGUGGAAAGCGAGUGCCGGCCGAUGAUGGAGGUGUUUAGGUGUGAUGAUGUGGUGGGGAGGGAGGGGAGGUGGUGGAUGUUCGAGGUGGAGGGGAGGAGGUUGGAGGAGAAGGUGGUUUUGCCGGUUGGUUCUUGCAAGUUGGCAUUGCCCUUGUGGGAUGAAGGUACGUGGUCAAUCUUUCUUUCCACAGAUUUUCAUGCCUACGCCAGUCUCCACUCCUCGGACGCCUACGUGUGCGGCGCCAUCGCCCUCGCCCAGAGCCUCCGCCUCACGAACACCACCGCCGACCUCGUCCUCCUCCACGACUCCUCCACCCAACCGAAGCUCGACGCCCUCUCCUCCUCCGGCUAAACUCAGCUCAUCACCCGCAUCCGCAACCCCCACGCCGAGAGACACUCCUACAACGAGUACAACCUCAGCAAGUUCCUCUGGCAGCUCACCUACUACCGCAAAAUCAUCUUCAUCGACUCCGACAUCGUCGUCCUCCGCAACCUCGACCUCCUCUUCCGCUUCCCGCAGAUCUCCGCCGUCGGCAACGACGGCGUCAUCUUCAACUCGGGCGUCAUGGUCAUCGAGCCCUCGGCCUGCACGUUCAAGGCCCUGAUGAAGCGCAGGAAGGAGAUCGUUUCGUACAACGGAGGCGACCAGGGGUACCUGAACGAGAUAUUCGUGUGGUGGCACCGGUUGCCGAGGAGGGUGAACUUCCUGAAGAACUUCUGGUCGAACAAGACGGCGGAGGCCGUGAAGAAGAACGCCAUGUUCGGGUCGGACCCGCCGAAGCUGUAUUCGAUCCAUUACCUCGGGUUGAAGCCUUGGCUGUGUUACAGAGAGUACGACUGCAACUGGAACGUCGAGGAUCAAAUGAUUUAUGCAAGUGACGUUGCCCAUAGGAGAUGGUGGAAGCUGCACGAUGAGAUGGACGGGAAGCUUAGAGGGUUUUGUGAGCUGACCGAGGAGAGGAAGAAGCAGUUGAGGAGCGAGAGGAAGAGGGCCGAGAGAUUACGGUUUAGGGAUGGGCAUUGGAGGAUCAAGGUCGAUUUACAGUAGUUCAGUUGUUACUUAAUUUGUUCUUUGAUUGUCGAUAGAGUUUUUUGUUUGUUUUUGCUACGGUAGAGACCUCCAUUCUUUUUACUGUACUUUAUAAUUUUAGCACGUAUUUUCAUGGAGUAUAAGUUAUUGGGAGCCAGA